AUGUCGGCCAGAUGGUCGCAAUUUACUUGGUUUGCCCUUAAAUCCUUUCGUAUCACGCCAAAGCUCAGCCAUAACAUGAAUUCAGUUAUUUUGGACGCCGCGACACUGCAGCCGACUCGAAUUCCCGAUCGUGCGAUGUGGUUCCAGCUACUGCUGUAUUCGCCCUUGAUCUACCUUGCAUGGAACAUCAUUAGCCUGUGGCGGAAUAUUGCGAAAUGUCGCUCCAUGGGUGUACCUAUUGUUUGGGUCCCCAUCGACCACAGGAAUUUCUUCUGGAUGCUUGUCCAAGGCUAUGUUUGGGACUUCAUCGAUUCCUACAACCGCCCCUGGUCUUCCAUCCCGACAUAUAUUCGGUUCACCCGCCCAGGAUGGCAAUUCUAUGACCAAGGCGACACCCAUGUGAAGCUGGGCCCCGUCUGGGCUCUGGUCACGCCUGCGAACAUAUUUUUCAACGUUUCGGAUCCCAAGGCCAUCGACGCGUUGGCGAAUCAUCGAAAAGGCUCCCUUUCUCAGGCGGAGCAACCCAGUAAACAUUGUCACUGA